AGGAUCCCCAGGGACCGGUACCGUGCGACUUGGAAAGAUGAGAAACACUUGGUGAGCUUGCCAAAGACGAGGUGGUAUCUGUGUCGUAAGAAAUAGCAUCAUGCCAGACGUAUCGCUGUAUCCCACUCAACCCACCGUCGUGGUGAUCCCACCGGACCCUCCCGAGAUCCAGACCCAACGACUCACCCUACGACCUCUGCGCAUCGGCAACGAGGCAGAUGCAGAUGGUCUAUUUGCGAUUCGCCGCCGACAAGAGGUCGCCGACUGGCUGUGGCCCCGCGUCCCACACCACAGUGUCGAAGAGACCAAAGAAUGGAUGCGACGCCGAGAAUUCGAAGCACCCGAUGCCUCCGGGGCCGUUGGACGACAAUUCACUUUCGUGAUUAUCCGCACUGAUGACCCCAGCGAGCAGAUCAUAGGCUCGAUCGGGAUCAACUCGCUGGACCCGGCGCCGUCUCUUGGUUAUGGCAUCCACCCGGAGUUCUGGGGACAGGGGUACGCCAGUGAAGCCGUGCGAGGGCUUGCCGACGCGUGGUGGAAACUGCCUCGCAUGGGUGGAAAUGGCGAGACGGAUGGGGAAAGACUGUGGGCGGCGACCAAUCGAGCGAAUCAAGGGAGUGUCAGAACCUUGGAGAAAUGCGACUUUCGGAUCUUUCGCGAGUUGCAGCUCGAGGGGGAUACAGUUGUCGUGAUGUAUGUUGAGAUGUGAACUGCCAUAUGAUGUUGGGAGAAAUGACAAUUGGGUCCAUACUGCUUCCGAUACCCUGUGCGAUGUGUAUGUGCUGGAAUUUGUGACAUUUACAUCAUUACCCCCUUGGAUAAUGUAGGGGCCAACGGUCAGUGGGAAAAACGAGAUUUUGUUUGUGCUUCACAAUGUGACGGGUAUGCCUACGUGACAGAUAGGGAUUCACUUUCAGGUCAUUUAUAUCCU